CCCGCCUGCACCAAGUUGCCCCAAAAGCGAACUGCAUCUCCCUUGAGGUUGAAUCAUCGGGAGAUGUUAAAUCGCGUCAACUCGCCGGCCAGGGCCGCGGCAGCGACACUACUGCUGGCCCUGCUCUGCCUUUGCUCUGCCAUCUCUUCCUCCUCCGACGCGGCCGGCGCCAGCGCCAUGCCGGGCUCGGUCAGCUAUCUCCUCACGGUGGACCAGUCCGGCAAGGGCGACCACAGGACGAUCCAGGACGCGAUCGACGCCGUCCCUGCGAACAGCUCCGCCGCCACCGUCAUCCGGAUCAGGCCCGGGGUUUACAGGGAGAAGAUCGUGGUGAACAAGCCCCGCAUCACACUGACCGGGGCCAGCGCCCGCGCGACCGUCAUCACCUGGAACGAGCAGUGGCUCUCGUUCGACUCGCCGACCGUCUCCGUGGUGGCCUCCGAUUUCGUCGCAAAGCGCCUGACGUUUCAGAACACGUUUGGGGACAGCAAGGCGGCCGUCGCGGUGAGGGUCGCCGGCGACCGGGCGGCGUUCUACGGGUGCAGCUUCGUGUCGUUCCAGGACACGCUCCUCGACGACGCGGGCCGCCAUUACUACCGCGGGUGCUACGUGGAAGGGGGCACCGACUUCAUCUUCGGAAACGGGCAGGCGCUCUUCGACAAAUGCCAUCUGCACUCCACCUCGCGCAUCGGCGGCGCGUUCACGGCGCAGUAUCGGUUGUCGGAGGCGGAGGAGACGGGGUACAGCUUCGUCGGGUGCAAGCUCACCGGCGUCGGGGUCGCCACGUCCAUCCUGGGCCGGCCAUGGGGCCCCUACUCCCGCGUUGUGUUCGCCCUCAGCUACAUGUCCAGCGCGGUGAGCCCUCGAGGCUGGGACGACUGGGGCGAGAGCGACAGGCAGAGGACGGCGUUCUACGGGCAGUACCAAUGCUACGGCGAAGGAUCCAGGACUGAUCGCAGGGUCGCGUGGUCUCGCAACCUCUCGCAGGCUGAAGCAGCACCCUUCAUCACCAAGGCUUGGAUUGGGGGACAACAAUGGCUUCAGUAGAGAACAGUUGAUUGGUGUGGUGCUAGUUUAUUUGUACUUCUUCUGUAGAAGCGAAAAUGCGUUCGCGCAGCUGAUCUCGGGCGUUGUUGGUAUCAACAGCCGUCGUCGUCGCUGUAAGAUUCCCGCUCCGGGCCCACCAGCUGCAAGGUUUGACCGAUGCUAUACACAACCUCACGUUC